UGGCCUCCGCAACACUAGAGGGCGACACACCGUCUCGAGGUGGCGAAGAAGACCAGAGUCAAAAGUGAAAAUGGCGGCGACUAAACGUGUUCUUUAUAUCGGUGGUCUUGCGGAGGAGGUGGACGAGAAAGUGUUGCACGCUGCGUUCAUUCCCUUUGGUGACAUCACAGAUAUUCAGAUCCCGUUGGAUUAUGAGACCGAGAAGCACAGGGGCUUUGCAUUCAUCGAGUUUGAACUGGCAGAGGAUGCAGCAGCUGCCAUCGAUAAUAUGAAUGAGUCCGAGCUGUUCGGCAGAACCAUCCGGGUGAACAUCGCCAAACCCAUGAGAAUUAAAGAGGGCUCCUCUCGACCAGUGUGGUCUGAAGAUGACUGGCUGAAGAAGUUCUCAGGGAAGACUGUUGAGGAGAGCGAGGAGGCGGAGUCAGCCGCAGAAUCAGCCAGUACAAAUACACAGGAGGGAGAACCUCCAGUGAAAAAAGGCAGAAAUAACCCACAGGUCUACAUGGACAUCAAGAUCGGCAACAAACCUGCAGGCCAGCUGCGCUUCCUCCUGCGAGCGGACGUUGUGCCCAUGACUGCAGAAAAUUUCCGUUGUUUGUGCACACAUGAGAAAGGCUUUGGAUUCAAGGGCAGCAGCUUCCACCGAAUUAUUCCUCAGUUUAUGUGCCAAGGUGGAGAUUUUACCAACCACAACGGCACCGGGGGGAAGUCCAUAUAUGGACGCAAGUUUGAUGAUGAGAACUUUGUCCUCAAGCACACAGAACCAGGUCAGCUGUCAAUGGCAAACUCUGGUCCCAAUUCUAACGGCUCGCAGUUCUUCAUCACUGUCGAUAAAACCGACUGGCUGGAUGGCAAACAUGUGGUGUUCGGAGAGCUCACAGAGGGCAUGGAUGUACUCCGGGCCAUGGAGGCUCAGGGAACAAAAGAAGGCAAAACCAAACAGAAAGUCAUAAUUUCCAACUGUGGAGAGUAUGUGUGAAUUCAACGUACUACAUGUUUGUUUUGUGUGAGAGAGAGUGUAAAAAAAAAA